AUGGAAGAGCUAGAGGCCACCUUGAAAAUCUGCAUUAUUGCUGUUAUGUGUGGUUUGAUCAUCCUGGGGAAUGCAGCUGUGAUUUUGGUCAUCUCCUCCUCUGUCGCGGGGUGGUCCAGAAACAGUCGUCUUGUCCUGAUUUCACUAACGGGGGCGGACGCUGCCCUGGCACUAAUAGUCAUCCCCCUGAAUUUGUAUGUGAACAGUGUGCGGCAGCUCCAUGAGCAAACUGACUCUGCCUUCUGUCACAUCGUGGUGUUUCUGGACGCCAGCAUCCUAACCUCUUCCAUCUAUUCUCUGGCUACAAUCAGCAUCGAGCGUUACAUCGCCGUGUUCUUCCCGCUCCGGUACGAUAGGCUGAUGACCCACUGCAGAAUCAAAGCCCUCAUUGCUCUUGUCUGGCUCUUGCCUCCGAUCCUAUCCAUCCCACGUGGGAUUGUCAAAGUUUAUUUCUCCAGAGCGUCCUUGAUCUGCAAUCUGGAGUUCUCCAGCAACGUGACUUAUACCCUGAUGCUGACGGCGUUCAUCUUCUUUCCCUGUUCACUCAUCAUGACCUUCGCUAACUGCCGUCUCUGGUUUGCAGCCAGGAGUCAAAGGAAUCGGUUUAAACCGUCGAGGGUGAGCAGGAGGCACGAUGCUGCUUCCAGAAUCCUGCUGCCCGUGGUCAUUGUUUAUUACAUCUGCUGGAGUCCCUGCGUCUGCACCAUGAUCUACCAGGCUCUAACACACCAGAGGGUGCCAGAUUGGUUGGAAUUUGUUGUCCUAUGGUUGCCAUGUGGAAAUGGCUUCUUCAGCUGCAUUGUAUACUUUUGGUUAAACAAGAGUUUCAGGAAAAAGUUCCAGGAAAUGGGACAAAAGCUCUGCUGGUCCAAAUAUUUUGUGCAAAAUGCUCCUAUUUCACAAGUUCCAAAAGGAAAACUUGUCAAAAGAAUCUGGAAAUACCAUAGUGAAAACACGGCAAGAGUUUGCAGCAUCUCAUCUACUUCUGAUUUGGUAUCUUCUGGCAAUGAAAUAAUUUUAUUGAAUGCAUAA